AUGGCGAGCGAGGGCCACCCGUCGCAGGGCAGCAUCCUGUACAACAUGCUCAUGAGCGCCAAGCAAGUGCGAGCGACCCCGGAGCCGCCUAAGGCGCGGGUGGGGGCCGCGUGCUGGGGCUGCUCCUGUGGCUCGGAGCCCCCGGCGGGCAGAGAGGGGCUGGCCGGGGCGCCGGCCACGGUGCUUCUGUACCGCUGCUGCUUUUGCGGGGAAGACCACCCGCGGCAGGGCAGCAUUCUCUACAGCUUGCUCACCAGCGCCAAGCAGACGCACGUGGUGCCGGAAGCUCCCGAGGCGCGGCCGGGGGGCGCGUGGUGGGACCGCGCUGCCAGCGCACGGAGCCUAGGGGGCCGAGAGGAGCUGCGGGGCUGGCGGCCCGGUGCACUCCCGUGCCGCUGCUGCUUUUGCGGGGAAGACCACCCGCAGCGGGGCAGCCUCCCCUACCACGUGCCCCCGGGCGCCAAGCCGAUGGACUGGGCUCGAGAGGCCCCGCCGGGGACCCCCUGGUGGGACCCCGCGCGCAGCGUGUGGCGGCCGGUGGCCCUCAAGAGCCCACAGGUGGUCUGCGAGGCCGCCUCGGCGGGCCUGUUGAAGACGCUGCGUUUCGUCAAGUACUUGCCCUGUUUCCAGGUGCUCCCCCUGGACCAGCAGCUGGUGCUGCUGCGCAGCUGCUGGGCGCCGCUGCUCAUGCUGGAGCUGGCUCAGGACCGCCUGAACUUUGAGACGGUGGAGACCUCUGAGCCCAGCCUGCUGCAGAGCGGCCUCGCCACCAGGCGGCGGGAGACCGCGGGCUACGAGCCGCCGCCCCAGCCCCCGCUGCCGCCGCACUCGGUCCUGCCGCUGGAGGCCGAGUAUUUGCCGUCGGCCGCCGAGGUCCAGACCAUCAAGGGCUUCCUUGCCAAGUGCUGGAGCCUGGAUAUAACUACCAAGGAGUACGCCUACCUCAAGGGGACCGUGCUCUUCAACCCGGACCUGCCAGGCCUGCAGUGCGUGAAGUACAUCCAGGGACUUCAGUGGGGAACUCAACAGAUACUGAGCGAACACAUCAGGAUGACACACGGGAUGUACCAGGCCAGAUUCGCCGAACUGAACAGUGCCCUCUUCCUUCUGAGAUUCAUCAGCGCCAACACCCUGGCCGAACUGUUCUUCAGGCCCAUCAUUGGUGCAGUCAGUAUGGACGAUAUGAUGCUGGAGAUGCUCUGUGCAAAGUUGUGAAGGCACACGGGCCACACAUGUGCUGUUCACCAUGAAGCACAAUGGAGCAGCUCUGGGCAGAAGUGUAAAACGGUGUAAAAUAAAGGUUCUUAUUAUUUUUACACACA